GAGGACCGCUCAUCUCCAAACAGACGUUUAUUAUGGUGGGAAAGUGAAGUUCAUUCUGUAUAUAAACCACCAGGCCAAGCCCCGGUGAUGUACAGUUAAUAAAUAAAAAGAUGUAUACAAGAUUGUAUUAAUGGUAAACUGCAGGAAAGUGAGUGGUUGGAAUUUACAGGGAGGGAAAGUUUACUGAAGUGUUUAAAAGCAUGCGAGCUGAUAGGAGAGAAAUAGUCUUUGAGGCUUUUAGGCACUUCAGGCUUUCCGUACUUCUCCUUUGAGUUCCAGCAACACAAACACACCCGAGUCAGCAGCGCGUGAAGUGAAAACACGCAAGGACCAAGUGAUGUGGCCUGAAAAAGUGGGACAACAGCUGCGUCGGCCAACCCGAUCGGUGGCAGGGUGGCUGGUCAGUAAGUUCUUUAAAGUGAAAAACCAGUUCCUUGAGGAGAACGCCGUGCAGCUGUGUGGGAUCCAACCUGCGGACACGGUGCUGGAAGUGGGCCAUGGCCCAGGUCUGGGUCUGCAGUCUGCAGCUGAACUGCUCACAGAGCCAGCAGGCCGUCUUAUUGGGGUGGAUUACUCCGAGUACAUGCACAAGAUGGCAAGUGAGCGAGUGAAGGAACUGUUGGCAAGUGGGAAAGUGACACUGCACCACUGCAGUGUAGAAGCAAUGCCUCUCGCAGACAGCACAGUGGAUAAAGUAUUUCACUGUAACUGCUAUUACUUUUGGCCUGACCUCAGGAAGGGAGCCACUGAGAUACACCGGGUAAUGAAAGCAGGGGGCCUGAUGGUGACCACGCUGAAGCUGUCCGCUGUGUCUAAGGUGGUAGGAAAGCAGAUGAUUCCUGAUGAGAACUGGCACCCGGACACUUACAUGGCGGCUCUGAGAGACUCUGGCUUCACUGAUGUCAGGAUGGAAGACAAACCAUACAAAAACAUCACUUUUCAGGCCAUCUUCGCUACGGCCAUGAAGUGAGAUGUCUAGAGAUAGAGAUUACACCCCUCUUUUUGGUUUGCAUUUUUCCUAAUCUGAUUUAUCAUAAUGAAACAGAUGCAUAAUCAGAACUGUAUCUCCUUUGUUAAUUACACACAGAAAUACACUUUAUAUUGUUUUGUAUGGAAACUGCAUGGUGUGGUUGAAACAUAACUAAACUAGCUGAUAUCAAUGUAAAUUCCAAUGUAGCAAAUAUAUGCAAAGUCAAUAAUUCAACUGAUGUGACAUUUCUUUAUAUGUGUAAAGCAAAGACUAAUAAUUAUUCAUGUUUGGUUUUGUAAGAUAAAAUACACAGGUGAACUGAGUCUGAAGGUGAUCAUACAGAAUGUGGAAAAAACUGGUUAAAAAACAUGACUAGGAAUUACAAUCAAUCAAUCCAAUUUUAUUUAUAUUGUCCAUUUCCACAAAUCACAAUUUAUCUCAUUAGGUUUAACAGAGUGAAGAAAAAUGUCCACACAAAAAACGUAGAAACCUCAAAGAGAGAGACAUCUGAGGAGGAAUCCUUCUCCCGGGACGGACAGGACAACAUGGACGAGAAGCAUUAGACUGGUUUUCCCAGGUGAUAACUGUGAAUGAUAAUAAAAUGUCAUCUGAUGAA